AAAUUCAGAGAUCUAGAAUGGUUAAAUAAAUUGAACAAAACAAUCAUCAUAUCAGCAACCGGAAUAGACGGAGAAAACACAGAUAUCAACGAAGUUAUCCAAGCAAUAGAAGACAAAUUAGGUAAACUCAAAAACUUAACACAAAAAACAGGAAAUGGAAAAUGGAUAAGUAUGAAACUAGAAAUGGACAUUAAAUGUACAGAGGACGAACUAUUUAACACCUGGGGAGUCCUAGUCAAAAACAAAAUGAUAAAAAUCGAACCAAUGAAUUACAAACAUCAUAUAACCAAACAACGAGGAAGAAUUAUGGCGGAAAUACUCGAUAUACCUAACGAAAUCGAUGAAACAACAUUCUCAAAAAUACUUAAAACUACCAACGCAAGAUAUUGGUUCAAAACCAACAACAGGAUGAAAGGAACAUAUAACAUGAAGAUAUACUUCAACAACGAUGAAGACAGAAAACAAGCAAUUAACAAAAAAAUCAAAAUCGACGGAAAGAUUUUUACUUGGUUUUUUCGGACUGGACCGGGAAGACAGAAUAAUUUUCGUAAUGAAAGAAGAAAUGAUAAUGGAUUUGGCAAACGAUUUCAACAAGAAAUGUACGAUGGAAGAAAGACUGGAAGAUCCAGAUGUAAUAUAUGCAAAAGGAAUAACCACAUCACAGACGAAUGUUAUUUCAACAAUAGAAACAGAACACAUGAAAACAGAAGAAACUGGAACGACAACUGGAAUGAAACAUAUAGAUAUAGAAAAGGUAGAUACGACAAUGAAGGAAAGUUCAGAUAUGACACGCAACAACAACAAUUCAGUGAUCACGACGAUAACAGAUACAACGCCUACACCAACAGAGGAAAACAAAUACACUCAAGAAGAAGAUUUAACUACAACAUUAACAGAGAAAAUGGCAGAGAUGAGACUAGAGGAAACCGACAAAGUUUUUACCACCAACAACAAAGAUAUAAUGGAUACAAUAACCAUAACAACAACGGUCACAACACAGAGAGAUACAACGAGAAUGGAAAGAACAACUACAACGGAUACAACAGAGAUUGGAAUGAAGGAAACAGUUCCAAUGAUAGGCGUCGAAUGGCUAGACGCUAUUGACCGGCAACUAUACCAAAACACAACAACAGAAGAAGAAAAUGAAGAAAAAAGAGGCGUAGGUGAAGAAAAUUUUAAAAGAGAACGAAGAGGAAAACAUCACAACAAA